AUGGGCGGAGCAACUGGCCUAAUUGGUCUUGAUCGAUUUCCAGCAUCCUUUAUAUCACAAACUUCCCAAAAAUACUUUUCUUACUGCUAUCCCUCAUCUUAUAGUUCCCCUGGAUACAUAACCUUCGGCAAGACUGAUGAUGAUAAAAAUUACAAAUUCGUCAAGUUCACUCCAAUAACCACUUCUCCAACAGAGUCAGUGUUCUACGAUAUCAUCGUAACCGGAAUGGCUAUCGCUGGGAAUAAACUACCCGUAGCCAGUUUAGAGUACAGUAAAUCAGGAGCGAUAAUUGACUCAGGAUCGACCAUCACAUCACUACCACCAUCUGUGUAUGCGGCCCUGAGAUCAGCUUUCCGUAAGAAAAUGUCUAAUUAUAAGAUGAUAAAACCAGGGAUAGGUGCCUAUGAUACUUGUUAUGAUUUAAGCAAGUAUGAUGAAGUUGUAAUACCAAAGAUUUCUAUCUUCUUCAAAGGCGGGGUUGAAUUGGAGCUGGAUGUGAAGGGAAUUUUUCUCGUUUUUGAAAAGGAUUUAAGCGUAGCAUGUUUAGCUUUUCGGGAAAGCUCUGGUUCUUUGAUCUUGGGAAAUAGUCAGACAAGAGGAAUAGAGGUGCACCAUGAUUUGGUCGGUCAGAGGGUUGGGUUUGGUCCUGGUGGUUGCAGCUAA